AACCCCUAAAAGACACUCUCUCACGUCUCACCUCAAUUCUCCAUCAAUGGCAGCUUGCCGAAGCUGCAAAUCCAAGGCACUCGUUACCGAUUCUGUCACCGGAGGCACAGUAUGCUCAUCUUGCGGUAUUGUCCAAGAUUUUGACGAUUACCAGCAUACAUUCGGCGGUGUUUCCGGCCCUCAAGGCACCUUUGUUCGUGUUGGAACUUCCGGUACCGGUACCGAUUACUCUUACAAGGAAAGAAAGCUCUAUGAAUCAAAUCAGAUGAUUGAGGACAUCACAUUUCGUCUCAGCUUCGGCGAUAUCCGAACCCGGGAAGUCAAAUCCAUGAUUAAUAAGGUAACUGAUGGUGAAUUUGGAUUAGGUAAUUGGUUUUCUGUUCUUGUUGGUGCUUGUUGUUAUAUUGUUAUGCGUCAGGAUAAUAAAGCAUUGCCAAUUUCUGAGGUUAUUGGGGCUGUGGGUUGUGAAUUGUAUGAAAUGGGGAAAAUGGUGAACAGGGUAGUUGGUUUUUUAGGGUUAGAGUUGAAGGAAUUUGAUUUGGUUGGUUUGUUGGAGAAGAUGAUUAAAGGGUUUUCUGGCUUUAGUGGGGUUGAGGAGGAGAAGAUUGAUUUGAUGGUGAAACAGGGGAUUUUUGUGAUACAAUGUGCUAUUAAGUGGUUUUUGAGUACGGGCCGGAGGCCGGGGCCUGUUGCUGUGGCGGUGUUGGUUUUUGUGGGGGCGGUGAAUGGGGUUGAGGUUCGGAUUGAGGAUGUGGCGAAGGAGAUGAAUGUGGCGAUUAGGACUUGUAAGUUGAGGUAUAAGGAGCUUUUGGAAGCAAUGGUGGAGGUUGCACAAAAUUUGCCUUGGGGGAGUGAUGUGAAUGUUAAGAAUAUUGUGAAGAAUGCUCCUUUUGUAUUGAAGUAUAUGGAGAUGAAGUCGAUGGAGGAUCGAGGUAGAGAGAAAUCAAAGUUUUCAGAUGGGAGUCCGGGGUUUGAUUUGGGUGAUGUAGUUGAGGAGUGUUUGAGUAAGGAAGUUGAGUAUAAAGGGAUUGAUGGUGGUGAUAGUGCUGUUGAUAAUGGCUUGAGAUGUUUAAAUGGAACAGAAGGAUUGGAGAAUUUGAAGGUUUCACAUGGAGAAUUGGCUAAAGUUUACUCAAAGUUCAAGGCUGAGUUUUUGAAUCGUAAUUUAACGAAUAAGAAUGAUACAGUUGACUAUGGAGAUAGACUAGGUGGAUUAGAUGUUGAACUUUUUGAUGAGUGGUGGAGUGGGAGGUCAGAUAUGUGUGAAAAGCUUUUGAUGGAGCAGUUGUUGAAGAAAGAUGUUGGAUUGGAUGUGCUUCCACCGUCUUAUAUUCGUGGUUGUAAUGCAGUAAAAAAGAGGCGGGAAAAGAUAAGAGAGGCUAAGAGGCGCAUCAAUAGCAUUAUCAAUCCCCCGAUUGUUACAUCCAGUAAUGCUUUCCUGCAUAAUGGGUUGGAUGCUCAAUCAUGUAGUAGUGAUGAUAUAAGCACUGUAGAAAAUGUUAGUAGCCGAAAGAAGAGGAAGAAAGGUCAUGAUACUAUUGAUUGGGAAGAUUUUAUCAUUGAGUCACUCUUGUUGCAUCAGGUGAAAGAGGAGGAAAUCGAGAAGGGCCAUUACAAUGCCUUGCUAGGCUUGUAUGUGUUUAAAUCUGGUCUUGUCUAAAACGAGUUGUUUAGAUUCAAUCAGGCACUAAGGUGAAAUUUUCUUAAUACUGUUACUAGGUCAUUUUUGGGGUAAAUUGUAUAGCAACUAUAAGAUUGUGUCUAUGGACAUAUGGUGUAGGGGAAGUUUUCUGACAAAUUAAGCUUUCAUAUCCAAUUUAUAAACAAAUUAAGAUUGUCAAUUUUUUUUCUGUACAAUACGUUCAUGUUUCUUGGCGUAUGACUCUUUGCAACUGCUUACUGCUGUUAUGCCUGAAUACAUCAUAUCUCUUCGUCAACUACCAAUGUCCUGAUUUAAAGUCUAGGGAUGUGGUUUUCAAGACCUAGGUUGAAUUCCACUAACAUCAUUUUCCUUUUGUGAUUCUCUACCAAAUUAGAAAUCUAGCCUUUGUUGAGUAUCGGAUUACUAUUUUGUAGUGGAUUUUAUCUCAUGUAUGAGGGGGAAGCGUCAUAUUUUUAAGUGUUACUAUCUUGCUAUGAAAGAUUUUUUCAGGAGUGAUGCAUUUCCACUGAGUAAAAAGGGGAAGAUAAAGCAUAUUUUGAUCCAGUCAAGCAUAUAAAGCAUGUAUUUUUGAUCCAGUUAGAUCCUUGAAGCUUGAUGUUCUUCGGGUUCUUUAGCUCUAGUCUUUAUAUUUUUAAACUUGGGACGUUGAUAUUGGUUUUACUAUUUUUUGUAAUGAAUCUGCACUCCUAUUAAGAGAGAAUAGCAGCUAUUGAUGAUAAUACUGAUGUCUGUAAAUCUGUAAUGGAAGCUCAGAGAUUAU